AUGUCCAUGUCUCAUGUCUCAUGUCUCUUAGCAAAAUCAAAGGGUUUUUUAUAUAUCAAACACAUCAUUGUGUUGAAGGGACUUAAUUGCACAUACACAAUUCUAAGGCAACCAUAAAAAUUUAUGGGAAGGGACCAAUUUUCCAUGAAUUAAUAUUCAUUGGACACAAAUUGGAUCUCUGGAGGGGCAACGGGCAUUAAUCACAAAUUGUACUGUUCCAAUUUGGUUUGGUGGCUCAAGUCGCAACUCAUUAAAGGGGGGGCACAACUCUUAAUUGGCUUCUCUUUAAUUGGGUCGCACUUUCAAACUCAAAUUAUUAGUUCAUUUCAAGAAGGACACAAGGGAAUUCAUUAUUCCAAAAAGCAUCAUCAAAUUUAUAAUAGUGAUCUUAAAACAGAUUUAAAAAGGCAAUUUCGUCAAAGGAUAGUUAAGAAUUUUAUAUUAGAAAACAGGGUCUCAUUUGGUCUUUAUUGGGUCUUCAAGAGAUUAAGGAUGGCACUUCAAAUCUUUAUUCUAGAAUAUAUAGGGAUUCUCAAGUAGUCAAAAAAAGCACUUAAAUAACAAAUAAGCAUCUGCAUUAUUAAUAUAAAAUCUGUCGAAGGCUCUCUAAUAGUUUUUUAUAAGGAAUUAUUUUUAAUCUUUAAGUAAGGCUCCAAAAACUUGUUAAUAAAAAGAAAUAUUCUAAUUGAAUUGGCUCUUAAUAUAUAAGGAAAUUGUCUCUUAAGUUUAAAGGAAAAUAGUCUUUGCUUUAAGUAAUAGAGAAAUCUAAGGACUCAACAAGGUUAACUUGAUAAGAUAAACAUAUAAGGGUUGGCAUCUGAGAUUGGUCCACAAUAUUUUAUCUUGUGA